AUGGAGGGGCCAAAUACGAACUCCACUCCUGUUGCAGCUGGAGAGGCGUCUUCUUCCUGCAGCUUAUCUUCUCCAGAGUCCGAGGGUGCAACUAUCAAGGACGUCGUGAAUAAUCUGAUCGACCGUGCUUCGUUUUGGAAUGUGCCAACCCCACUUGAGGGCACUUUUUAUUCCCUGGACUUCCGUAAAGCACCUUCAUUGGGUUCUGCCGCAUCGUCCACCGAUGGCAGUGAAUUUGGAGAUUUGAGUGAUUGCGAUCUAUCGCUUCUGGAUAGUGCAGAAAAUUCUGAUCAGGAGUUCGAGAGGUAUCUAUAGGG